AUGCCGCCAGUUGCACAGUACACUGAAAGGCCAGCAAGCGGGUCUCGGUCCCAGUUUGAGCCAGGUCACAAGAUUCCCAUCCAGCACCUGACAAAGCCAGGUCUGCAAUCUGACAUGGAGGACCCCAAACCGGUCUCCACCCAUAUACCAACUGAUGACGGUGGCUAUCAACUUUACAAGGCCGCCGGAAAACUUGAGGGUAAAAAGGCCAUUAUUACUGGUGGUGACUCAGGUAUUGGACGGGCGACAGCAAUUCUUUUCGCCAUGGAAGGUGCUUCGAGCCUAAUUGUCUAUUUGCCAGAGGAGGAGAAGGAUGCACAAGAAACCAAAAGGAGAGUGGAGGAGAUGGGACGCCAGUGCCAUUGUCUGGCCAUUGAUCUGCGAAAGAGAGAAAAUUGUCGACAGGUGGUGGACACUGCUUUGCAAUCGAUGGGUGGAAUCGACAUCUUGGUAAAUAACGCCGCCUUUCAGAACAUGCUGAGUGACAUCAGUGAAUUAGACGAAGACCAAUGGGAGAAGACCUUCGACACAAACAUCCAUUCAUUCUUCUAUCUUUCCAAAUAUUCGCUGCCACAUAUGAAGCGUGGUGCAACCAUCAUCAAUUGCUCAUCCGUCAAUCCAUACAUUGGUCGGGGUGAUCUUUUAGAUUACACGGCAACAAAGGGAGCUAUAGUAGCAUUUACACGAGCCCUGUCGAAUCAACAAGUCAAGAAAGGCAUUCGGGUUAACUGUGUUUGCCCAGGUCCAAUCUGGACACCGCUGAUCCCAUCAACCAUGCAAACGGCCGCGAUGGAACAAUUCCACGCGGUCCCAAUCGGUCGGCCUGGACAACCAAGCGAAGUGGCCACUUGUUUCGUUUUUCUCGCAAGCCAAGAUAGCAGUUACAUCUCUGGGCAGUGUCUGCAUCCCAAUGGAGGUGUCAUGGUCAAUGGUUAA